GUGAUUUUGUGUCACGAGUUGCUCUUGCUUGGAUUGCUUACGGAUUUUGCCAGGGUUUAUGCCUUUCUUAAGCAGAUUUGUUGCAGCGAAGGGGAUCUUCUUUUGCGGUGUUGGGUACCAUUUCUUUAAACGGGAAUACAUAGAAGCCUGUCAUGUGGGUGUAGAUUUAUGAAGAACCUCUCAAUGUGGUCUGAGUUGGAUGGUGUGAAUGAUGUUUGUGAAGCAGAGCUGGGAGUACGGAAGGGGGAAGCAGUGGAGACCACAAGACGGCCACUAUUUCCAUCGGAGAAGAACAAUGCAGUCACUCGCAGGUCUAAAACGAGGGAAGUUACAUCAAGGUACAAGGCAGGGAUCACUUCGCCUUCUCUUUCCACAGCUAUUGCCCCCAGGAGGUGCCCUUCUCCAAGUGUCACGCGUACUUCUGCUACAUCCCCUUCAUUUUCUAAGCGAUCCCUAUCGGCAGAGAGGAGAAGACCCGCUACACCACCAUCCUCAUCAAGGCCUUCCACUCCAGUUCAAGAGUCCUCUGCAGAGAUGCACAUAUCUUCCAGAAGGCUAAUGGGUGGUCGAGCGCCGGAGGGCUUGUGGCCUUCUACGAUGCGGAGCCUCUCUGUCUCUUUCCAGUCGGACACAUUCUCUCUUCCUAUCACUAAGAGAGAAAAACCAGUCACCCAACCUUCUUCCGACCAUACAUUGAAGCCUUCGGCCAAUGUAGCACAUAAGCAGGCCGAAACACAUGCCGUCCGGAAGGCAACGCCUGAGAGGAAGAGGACUCCUCUUAGAGGGAAGAACACCUCCGACCAAUCAGAGAAUUCGAGGCCUGUGGAUAAUUCAUCAACCAGAGUAGUAGAUCAACAACUGUGGCCUGGCAGAACAGGUGGGAAGGUGUCUGCUGGUGCUUUAACAAGAAGUGUGGAUCUAACAGAGAAGAGCAGCAAAGCUGCUUCAUUACCCUUUCCAGUAACAGGGGUUUCUCCCCGGAGGAGAGCAUCAGUGUCUGAUGGUUUGAGUAGACCCCUAGAAAAGUCUGUUAGUGAUACCCCAAGGCGACUGUCAUUUGAUUUGAGUGGGAGAAUGGAGAUUGAGAUGUAUUCUGGCAUUUCUUCAAGUUCAGCAGAAAGAACUUCAUCAUUUACUCGUUCCAGGAGGACCCAGUCAUUGCCUAUUCCUGUUUCCCUUCGUCUUCCUUCACCAAGCAGCGCGCCAGUACCGUCAUCCACCACGUCUAGAGCAAUGCUCAGCCCAUCUAGGUCAAGGCCAUCAAGCCCUUGUCCUUCGGUUAGCUCCUUGACAAGUCGAUGUAGCAAUUCGUCAUCUGUUCUCAGCUUUAUUGCUGAUGUCAGAAAAGGAAAGAAAGCAAUGAACCACAUUGAAGAUGCUCAUCAGCUGCGGCUUCUGUACAAUAGACAUUUGCAGUGGCGCUUUGCCAAUGCCCGGGCAGAUACAGCAUUGUGUAUCCAGAAAAUGACAGCCGAGAAAACUCUUUUUAAUGUGUGGGGAACUACUUCAGAAUUACGGGAUUCUGUCACCGUGAAAAGGAUAAACUUUCAACAGUUGAGGCAAGAGCUGAAGCUUAACUCUGUUCUGAAUGAACAAAUGGCCUACCUUGAUGAUUGGGUUGUACUGGAACGAGAUCAUCUUUGUUCUUUAGCUGGGGCAACUGAAGCUUUAGAGGCUUGUACUCUCCGGAUUCCAGUUUCUGGUGGUGCAAGGGCUAAUAUCAUCACCGUAAAGGAAGCUAUUUGUUCAGCCCUUGAUGUGAUGCAGGCAAUGGGUUCCUCCAUAUGUUCUUUGCUAUCAAGGGUGGAGGGGAUUAACCACCUAGUUUCUGAACUUGCUAAUGUAGCAGCUCAGGAGAGAAAUGUGCUUGACGAGUGCAGAGAUCUUUUGGCAUCAACAGCAGCAAUGCAGAUGGAGGAAAACAGCCUCAGGAUACAUCUCAUACAACUGAAACAAGCUUUGCAUAAAGGGGAGCAACCACUCUUGGCAGUUAGAACACUUGUGUGACCUCUCCAAAUGGCUAACAAUUUACUGCUUUCCACUAUAUUGUAAAAGAUAGCGACAUGCCUGCUCAUCUCCCAGUGAGUGUAAAUUGGUUUUUUCCUUUGGUGGAAAAUUUUAUAUAUUUUUUUUCUCCUUUUUUUUUUUAACAAGGGGCUUUGAGCUCUCUUCUUUCACCCUGUAAUUUUUGUAUCACCCAAGUGAAAAGAAAAUGCAGAAGGAAACAGAGGUUGGAAAAUCAA